AUGUCUGGAGCAACCGAUCAAGAAAAAUUUGGAGAGUGCGGGCUUCCGGGAUGGAAAAAAAUAUUUAUUCAACGGAAGAGUGGUAAAACAAAAGGAAAGUAUGAUGUUUACGUUAUCAGUCCAGAGGGUCGAAAAUUUCGCUCUCGCGUCGAACUUGAGAGAUACAUUUCAACUAUACAGAAUGAUUUAUCGAUGGAAAAUGUUGAUUUCAAGAUCCCAAAUUCGUUACUCUACCCGGAGAAACCACAUCAAAGUGCUGUGGAAGGAUCAGAUGGAUGUUGUAAUGCAGAAAGAGCCACACAGGACACUAAACACGCUGAAUUCACUGAAUUAAAAUCGAAGCUUGAGACGAAGUCUCCCUAUUUUUCCCGGAGAAAGAAAGGUUUAAAUCCACAGCGAGAAAUAUCCUCUUUCACCAAACGACGGCGAAAAGACACCCGCUCUUCUAGAACGUUAAAAGAAGUUCCCAAACAAGAUAAUAAAAGAUCAAGGCCAUCAAAAACAAGUGUAGCACUUUCGUGUAAAAUGGCGCGAAAUAGGGUACAAGAUAAGCACAUUUCUAAAGAUCCAGUACACCCCACCAAUAGGAAGUCUGAAGCAUUAAAAAGAAGACACGAGCUUGCUGUUGUCGUGAGCUCAAAGUCUGUUAACCUCGAUUCAGAUGGAAAUGAUUGUACUUUAGUUUCUACAAGUGAUUAUUUUAGGACAACAUCUAAACAAGAGUCGAUAUCAUACUCAUCAUUAACCUGGAUCCCUCCUAAAUCUCCUUUUAAUUUGAUUCAAGAAAGCCUCUUUCAUGAUCCUUGGAAGUUACUGAUUGCUACAAUAUUCCUUAAUCGAACAACAGGCAGAAAGGCUAUCCCAGUCAUGUGGGAAUUUUUCAGGAAAUUUCCAAAUCCUGAAGUAACAAGGAAAGCUGACUGGAAAGAAAUUGCUGGUAUGUAUGGGCCUUCUUAAUGUGCAACCAGAAAAGAAGCACCCCUACCCACCUCCACUGCAGGGUCAUCAGGUUUUUAAACUGUGAAAAUGGAACCAUCACUUAAAGGAGUCAGUAUUAUGAAAAUGAAAUGAUCAGCAUGUCAUAAGCGUGGGACAGAAAAAAUCUGAUUCCCCGACAGGAUUCGAACCUGUGACCUCCCUAACACCAGGUGGGUGCGCUAUCCACUCAUACAUGCCAACUCUCCUGGAUACAACAAUUAUCUCCCAGUCUCCCUACGGGUCACCAAGUCUCCUGCAUAAAAUCGAGUUAUGGGCUUUUCUGUGCUGUAAUUGGGAAUGUAUCCAACUUUCUCCCAAAGUUUUUUGGAUGUCACGCAAUGCUCCCCCACUCUUUUUGGGGAGCGUUGUGUGACAUCCAAAAAAUGGCUGCCGGGGAGACUAGAGGUCAGAUGGAGCAACUUGUGGCUAUUGUGGCUGUUUGUCGACUUGCCAUUCUAAAAAGGGUGCUCGCUACUCCUCUGACUCUGUUGGUGCCACAUCGGCUGCGGGAACAAGUGAAAGCGCAAGUCCAGAGAAGUGGAAAGAUGAAGACCUAGGGUGGCUUCCGAACCCAAAGGGCGAAUAUACUGAAUUCUCAAAUAGUAUUCUGCCAAAAUUCUACCUGUCCUUUAGGACCACUUGUCCCUACAAGGAACACUUUUGCCACUGUUUCGUGACUGAAAGAAAGCGCCAGUGGGAAAUUCGUGAGGCUUUGAAAGCAAUAAAUCACAGAAUCCCGCGAGGAAACAUCAAAAUAUGGGCGAAAGCGGACACAGGUCGAGAGAGACAAUUAUGUUAGUUGGGAGAAGAUAGUUUUUUGAUAAAUAAAUUCUUUGACACCUGUAAAUAAUUUAGAUUAAUCUUGACUGGUAGCUUUGCUUGUAUAUACAAAAUAGAAGAGACAUGGAGUAAUAUUUCCCUUGCCAAAAAAACUGUGACCCUCCCUCAGUUGAGAAUAAAACAGGUUUGACCCUCCCCAAUUUGUAAAAAAUUUACUAAGGACCCUCCCUCCUAAUAAAAAACGUACCUUCCCUUAUAGCAGUUACGCGUGCUCAAAACGUCUUGGUAAAGACCAUGUGUUACGGUCCUUUGAUACUACAUUUUGAUUAGGAGACUACCACUGAUGUUUUGUUCUGUUUCUUUCUUAGAACUCAUUCAGUCCCUGGGACUCCAAGAAAAAAGGGCCAAAAUUAUCAUCAGAUUUUCAGAGGAGUUUCUAACCAAGGAGUGGCAUUAUCCUAAAGAAUUGCAUGGCAUUGGAAAGUAUGGGGAUGAUUCCUAUAGGAUUUUUUGUCUUGGGGAUUGGAAAAAUGUAAAACCUGAUGAUCACAAGCUUAAUUACUACCACAGCUGGCUCUGGGAACAAGAAGAGCAAGGAAGUUUGACUGCAUAG